UCAUGGCAAUCUAACAUAAGGAUUGGAUACUGUACUGACCUAUCGAUGUAGAGGCCACCGACCAUCUGCGGUAUUUGCAGAGGCAUGGCUACCACGCAGAUCAUCGAGCACGUAAUCUAUUUAACAAUGAAUGAAAGUGCAGUUACAGAACUUGUACCACCUAUGGCGAAUACCUCAUCGAAUAUGACAACCGCUGCACCGACGCAUGAGGCUCAUCUGGACGUUUGGGUAGUCGUGCUCGAAUUCAUUCUCGGUAUCAUCGGCAUCGUGGGAAACUCUCUCAUUUGCUUCAUCAUAUGGAAGGCCAAGUUCCUUCAUAAUUUAACUAACUACCUCAUCCUGAGUCUAGCCUUCGCUGAUCUCGUUGCGAGCCUGAGUUUAGUGUGUAACGUGUUCGUGUUAGAAGCUCAACUAGGCGUGACACCAGCGAACAGAAUAGCGGCUGAGCUCUACUGUAGACUCUACUCCAGUCGUUUUUUAUUCUGGACCAGCGUCACAGCUUCGGUCUUCAAUCUGGUGUGCGUGACUUACGAGCGAUUUUUUGCCAUUGUGUACCCCCUCCACUACCCGCUUUACUUUAAUGAGAGAAAGGUUGUGAUGCUCGUUACUGGGACAUGGAUGUUUGCUCUCUUACAAGAAGUAUUCGCGUUUUUCGUGAACUAUUACGACAAGGACACCAAGGCGUGUGGCUACGGCUAUCCGACAGAAGCUGGAGGUAUAUUCGUCGGCGUGCUCGUUUUUCUUCUCUCGUACUUUCUCCCGCUCGUGGUCAUGAUAUGGGCGUACUACAAGAUCAUGCACAAUUUGAAACGCGGCGCACAACAUUCGCACGCGGGAGGCGGUGUCAAUAACCGCGGUGAUCCUGCUAUCUUGCGCGCGCGUCGCAAAGUAGUCUACGUACUUUUCACUGUAGUAAUCGCCUUUGUCGUGUUAUGGACUCCGAACCAGCUAGUUUAUCUCUUCGAAAACUUUGGAAUUAUUAUCGUCUCGACGGAUCACACUCUUUACAAAGUUUUUCGUCUCAUGGCUUUCUCGAACUCUGUCAUUAACCCUAUUAUCUACGCGUUUAAAUACAAGCAAUUUCGAAAGGGGUUUCGGGUUGCUAUCAUGUGUCUUUGUACGUCCAACCACAUUCAUGAUGGACAAACAGCGACAACAGAACUGUCCAAUUCAUGACGUAUGCGAAGACUUCUAAGGAAGACAAAAUGAGCUGCAGUCUAUCACGAGAUGGGCAAUUCCACAGGGGGAGAAACGCUACAAAUCUCUCAAAAUGUGAACACAUGGAAUCUAUGAAACAAUAUGUCUACACAAUCGGUAAAUAGGUCUUGAUCUUCAAAAACUUAAAUUACUGAAAUGUAUGAAAACUUGGUAACCAAAAUAUACUAUAGUUUUAAUAGAUAUUAAUUUGACGUUUGAGAAAAACAUGUUCAUCACUCACAGUAGUUGAAGAUUUAUCAAAGACUUCAUGGACUAACAUGAAGUUGAAAAUCAAAAUAUGCCGAAAAUCUCAUAGCAACAUCUUUGUUACCGACACUUUUUGAUCAGUGGAAUGUAAAUCUUCAGGCAUAGGGUAUACACAGCCAAGUGACACGGUCAAGUGACAUGUACCAUCUUCGUCAUCGGUAUAUUCAAUUUAUUUAUUUAAACAGCAAGAUCUCUAAAUGUACUACUUUAAGACAGUAUUGAUUUGUAUUAUAUUUGCUUUAAUGCUGAUAUGUGAUUGAAUUGUGAAGAUGAAUACUACUGAAAGAGCAAAUUGGAAAAACGCUGUGUUUUAAAGCCUUUUAACAUCUACCAGUUUCGUGUCUCUGUUUAAUGCAGUAUUCUUUAUUUACAGUGACUGCAUGUUUGUAUCGUGUUUCUCGAUCAUUUAGAUAUUCAGAUAUGUAGCAAUUUGUUUAGAGGUUUGGUUCUCAUGUUUUCAUGCCCCGCGCCUUUUGAAGAACUUGGUACACGAUAUACGUGCCCCAGUAGGUCAUCCCUCACACCCUUUGAACUGGAAGAUUAUUUGGAAUCAUCAUCUAAACGUUACAGCCUAGUCGAAUUCCACUGCUGUUAUAGCCACCCCACAAACAAAAAAUGAUAAAAUAAAUUUGAAUUUCCUUACUUGGUCCUCUCAUUCAUUUACAGUUUUAUUUAAACAGGGAUGCUUCUACAGUUCAUAAACUGCUAUCCAUGAUGUCUCUGCACAAUAAAGACAUUGUAUAUCAAAUAUUACAGACUUAGUACCCUUCCGUUGCUAUUUUAAUAAAAACGUCUCUUAAAAUGCUUACUGUUUAUUCAUCUUGGUCCUGCGAAAACAUCGUAAAAACAAAUUGCACUUAAAUAAACGGUCGAUUUCGGGUGGGUGGUGGCCAUCGUCUUACUUUGUCCCCCCUCUCUCCUGCCUUUCCGAUGCUUUGUGCGUGUAUCAGGGCGAGGAGAUGACCUUGUAUGACUCCGUAGCUACAUAAUACAAAAACAAGCUAUGCUUUCCAGUAGGUUCCUGUUUCAUUUCAUAAUUUUGAUCUUACUUUGUUAACUAUAUUCUUUAAUGUGCAAACAAUUGUUACAUGAAAUGAAUAAAUAAAAUCAAUCAAUCAAUCAAUAUGCAAAUCAAUGAUUCUAAAGUAGCCUUUGUUGUUUAUCAACACAUAUGAAAGGACUAUUCUCAAAUGUAAUUGCAUUGCUAUCAAAUUAUGAUUACUGUGAUAAAAGGAAAUAAUUCAAUCAAUGAUGAAUAGGCUCUCUGCUGAGUAAAAUACUUUAUGGUCUAAAAUGCAAUUGUAUUUCAAUUAAGCUUCAAACGUUACUGCUGUGAAAUUGUUAUCCUCCAAUGCUGAAUAUAUUCGAUAACAAGAUUAGGGGACGGACCAUAUCUCAAUUUCGUUUGUGCUGAAAUGGAAUAAAGGCAGGAUAUUUUACCAAUAUCGUUAACGUUAUUGUAAUGUAAUUUCUUUUGUGCGGUCUUUGGGUGAAGGCGUACAUAGAGCAACUUCCUGUUCCUCUACCCAGGCAUCACCACACGCAUGUCAUGCAGUUGGUGAUGCAUUGUGGGACAUAACUGUCGAAACAUCGAGACAUUGUGAGAAGUAGAUGCCAGUAUAUAUAUACGCAAAGCUAAAAUUGUUUCAGUAGAAUAGCCUGCCUUUACGAUUACAAUAUUUAUUAGUGAUUGGGUGGAAAUAUUGUUAUCAUAAACCAUAUUAUAACAUAUGUGUAUGAAAAGAGGAACGGUUGUGGAUUUUUUUUUCUUUCUCCAUCCAAUCAUUUCGUGGGCCGCACCUUUUUAAAAGUUUCUUUAGGCGAUAAUCCGAAUAUCUAAUGAGAUAGUGAUUUAUUUCCUUAAAGUCUCGUCGCUGCUGUAGCAAUACGGUGAUAAGGGAAGGCGAUAUGAAAAAGCGCGGUUUCAAGUAAAUAACAACGACAAAAUAAAUCUGUUUUCAUCAUAUUAUCAUUCUAGAAUUACGAGCUGUAGCGUAAUACGUGCAAAUGCUUUUUGGAUAGAAUGAUUAGAUUUAUUGUUUUGUACUGUUUAAUCGAAAAAUGAUUUUGCACUUUUAAUGAAAUGUGAAAUAAAAUACUUAAUCAGUAUGCAACCAAUUCUUGUUAGAAGCCACAUGCUGACUUAGGGUGAAGAUAAUUAUGUAGACUUAUUAUCGGUUAGAGAUUCUUCAAAACGGAAUUCGCAAAGAAAAAGUUUAGCUGAAAUUUUCAAGCAUUCUUAUUCAUGUAUUUCACUUUUACGAAGGUCAAAUUAUUUUGUCGUGUGUAGGCAAUAAUAAUUGCAAAUAGAUUCAUGCGAAAUUAUUGAACUUAUCAUUCGUAUUUCAUUUGGAAACACUGACACCUACAUGCUAGGUAUAGAAACUAAUAGUAUAUUGUUGUUGUCUAAGACAAUAACCCUUAACACUAUUUAAGGCUCGUUCAGAUAUUACACGCCGCGGUAAACCGCCAUCAAAUAAAAACGCGCGGCGGUCUUUUUUAAUAAUCAUGUAAACAAAUAGCAAAUUUCCUGUGCGUAUUAUUGAGUUUUAUGUUAUACGAUACAGAAGUGCGAGGAUUAUUCCACUUGACGUCAUUGUCUUACAAUAAAACUACCGCGGUUUUACCGUGUUAUAUCUAAACGAGCUUUUAAUGUUGUUCUCUAGUUUCUUAUGAGCUGAACUUGCAGAUGCAACUGUUAAAGUUUGAUAUAUAAUGUGAUUGUAGUUGAUUAUCAUGGUUCUGCAUUCAUUAUUGCGACAGCACUUUAAUACUGUUGAUUUAUUGUUAUUUUAUUGUUAUUUUUAAUCAAUGUAAAUUUUGGUUACCA